UACAGCAGACAGGGAUCAGUCAACCGGUUCCCAAACGAACAGGGGGAAGGAUUGUCGUGGAAGCAACAGUAGCAACAGUACCAUGGGACAACAAUGAAAGGAAGAAUUGUACAAAACGACGAAAGGCGAUGCAGAAUAUGUAAGCAGGAAGGAUAAAGUUAAAAAAGUCGGCGGAAAUGUUGAGGUAAACGUGAUGGAUUACGAACGGAAAGAGAGACCACCGGUACAAACAGGAAGACGGAGAGGUCGUGUAGGUAGAACGAGCCAAAAGGAAACACACCGAAUCGUGUGUGGGUGAAACGACAAAAAAGGGAAUAGGGGUUUGUUUGCGUAAAAAAAAACCACACACACCCUACCUACCCUGCUAAGAGAAACAAAACAAAAGGGCGGGCAUAGCGUGCUCCAGCAAGAAGGAGAGAGAGAGAGAGAUCGCAGCCGGAAUGAGAGAGAAUACAAAACAAAGGCGCACACACUCACAUCUGGAAGCGGUUUCUUCGAACCGCGGAUCGUGUCGCGGAUCACAGUCGAUCAAGUGAACGAGAGGCGACCGCACGCGUUUGUAGCGAAAGUAAACAACUCGCGUGUAUGCAUUACGCAUUAUCGCGUUGUGUCACCGGUGACUAGAUGUCGGGACAGAAAGGUUGAUAAAAUAUCGUAGAAUCGGUGAAGAAUUGCUUCGUACAGCCUCUUCAGGUUUCAGGUGAACUUUAGUCAAAUCGUUGCGUGUUUGUGGCGGAGAAUUACAACGAUCCAAAUGGCAUUGGAUGGUACAGAUCGCACCUGUUUGUGAAGAUUAAGUGAAAAAAUCAGCAAUAGAACGACGUCCUUUAAGAAUAAUUGCAUCUGUGGGCUUAUCGGUGCCUUCGCUAGAAGGCAAAGAUCGCCGCCGUGUAUCAGUCGUUCUACAAUUUAAGUGUCGCAAGUGUCGUACAAGUUUACUGCUCCAGUACUGUGUUCGGUACCCGUGUCAGUUGCGAAUAGCUUUGCAAGAGCGCUUUACGUUGGCGGAAUUUAAAACCCGCAAAGCUGUUGGGUGCACCCUUCCCAUAUGGGAGGUUUAGAAGAUCUCGUUUAGGUUCGUUUCGGAGUGGAGAGCAUAUUUUGUUGCCGUGUGUGAAUUUUGUUUGGUAGCGCCUGUUGGUGCUGUUUUGUUGUCUUACCGGUUUUUUUGUAGAGUGUGUGCCCACGACAACUCCUUGGAUCGUUCCAAUUAUAACGGCCAAAUACCCAAGAAAAUAAACGACCUCGUGAUCUUUCGUUACGGUGGCUUAUCUUUCCUUGCGUCUGUGGGUAGUUUUUACCAGCUUUUCUCCGGUGUAGUGAUCUCUGGCCUUAGCACGUCCAAACCAGUAGGCAGCAGUAGGCGUUGUUAAAAUUGUCAUCCAGUGAAGGGAUUCGGAUAUUUGGAUCACUUUCCUUUGCUGGACGGUAGCAGUUAACCAGUCCAUUUUGAUACACCCGGAACACUGUCUGGAGUGCCACUUCCGAAAGAAGGACAACGGAAAAGCGAAGAAACGAUUCAACAGCACGAAUGAAGUCUCAGCGAUAGCGACAACGCCUCAGUUGCUAACAACAGCACCACCGCCACAGAACACCAGGAUGAAACCUCAAUCAAGAUUUCAAUUACUGUACAUAUGUCUAGUCGUAGGACAGCUGAUUGCCAUCGGAUAUGGUGCAGAGAUUAUGACAGCAGGCAUUGCUGGUGGGGGAACGGGAUCCAGCAACAAUCGUACAUCGUCUAGUCAGUCUGCGUCAGCACCAUCCGCCUACCAAAGCCCACUGUUGAGGACUGUCCGUCCGUCAUCUAGUUUUAGCAGUAGCACCAUUACCACCAUUACCACUGACUCCACCACCACAACAACCACAACCAUUAGCAGUAGCAAUCGAACAAAAGACGACAUGGCGCAGGAUGCACAGGAUGCAUUCGGAACGGCGUGGACCGCACGGAAGUUUGUCAAUAAACCGAUCUACGAUCGGAAAACCGCAUUCGGAAAACGUUUCGAAGGUGCCCUACAACCACGCAUUAGAGACCUGGGUGACUGGCGAUGUCCAAACGUGUCCGAGGGCGCUAAUCUAGAGUGCAGCUGUGACUUACCGCAUACGCUACGCUGUAGCGGCGAUCUGCAUGGGUUGGAAGUAAUAGCAGACAGCUUGCGCCGUUCGCCAUACGAGGUAUCUCUGUUGGACUGUACGCUCAAGAACGUGACCAGCAUUAGUGAUGCGAACAUCUUCCAAAACGUCUCACUGCAAGGUUUGGUGAUCUCGUCCGGAGAAAUUAAGCGAGUGCACAGGCUCGCCUUUGCCGGCAUUCGAACACCGCUGCAAGCGCUCGGUCUACCCAGCAACGCCCUGGAAGUCGUCCCUGUACAGUCUCUCGGUGCUGUUGGGCAACUCGAUCGUUUGGAUCUUUCGUUCAACAAGAUAAAAGCGCUGCAAAAUAGUGAUUUCUUGACCGUACCCAAACUAUCCUAUCUGGAGCUGAGUAGCAAUCAAAUUUCCCUUAUUGCUCCUAAAAGUCUUGCUCCGUUGAAAAAUUUGCUUCAUCUCAAGCUAAACGGGAACCGGUUAGGGGACUCACCGGAAAGCCUGAAAGCCUUAACAUCUUGCUUGAGCCUUAAAGAAUUGCAUUUACAUUCCAAUAGGAUCCGAGGGCCCUUGCUAAAUACGACGCUCCCACGAAUUCGUGGGCUAGAGAUUCUAUAUCUGGAUAAAAACAGCAUCUCAAGCAUUCACAAUGGUGCACUGGAGGCAUAUCCCUACCUACAGAUGCUAUCUCUACGAAGCAAUCAAAUCGAUGUACUGCAAGAUCACGCCUUUUCCGGAUUAGCCUCACUCCAAAUGCUUGAUCUGGGACAUAAUGGCAUCGUCACCAUUUCGGACGCAUCUCUCAAACAUCUCCCGCGACUCAUCAUCCUUGAUUUGACGCACAACUUUCUGCGUGCGCUGACGGCCGAUGUUGUUGCACCGUUACCUGCCCUGAAGGAGCUACGAUUGGAUGGGAACGAUAUUUCCUUAAUUGCAGAGAACGCACUAGUUAACGCAACGCAACUUCACAGUCUGUCUCUGGAGAGCAAUCCACUCGUGUGUGACUGUACGAUGAAGCCAUUCUUACAUUGGUUAGCUGGAGCACGACCUGCUUCACAAGGCAUUCUUGGAGCAAUAUGUGCCACACCGCCGUAUCUGGAGGGUGCCGAUCUGUUACAGCUCGCACCAGAAACACUUACAUGCGGUGAGGGUAACAACAAGCAGCAGACCGAUAAUGAUACUUUCCAAACCAUCGAGGUGAUGCUGAAGCUGAAGAACAACGCGUCGUAUGUGCGGGAUGUUGGUAGUGAGAUAAGAUUGAGGGAAAUAAAUUUCACGGACGAAAGUGAGGUCUUCCUGAGCUGGCUGCUAGGCACGGAUGAUUAUUCCUGUCGGUUCGUGUACGUGUUUCACACGGAUGAUCCUGAAACGAUUCUGUUCAACUCGGAGGUCUCUUGCGUUGUGAAACCGGAAGCACCUAUUACGACCAUGGAGUACAUCUACAGUGCCAAGCUGCUAGGAGCGUACGAUUUGCAAAGCAAUGUCAUUUACAAAUUUUGUCUCAUCAUGAAGGAAGACAUUUCAAAGGAUGAGUAUCUAGGUGCCUGUAAGGUGGCCGCUUUACCACGUCCUCAGAUCAACACGGCGAAACGGAAGUCGAUAAAGAAGGAGCUUCAAAUCAGCACGCGCCAGACAAACGAGUCAGAUAUUUCGGACUUUGAUCGUAUCUCCUCCGACUUUCGGCAUGACGAUCGGAAUCGGGACGAGCUGCUGAAGGGUAAUAGUGACGAUGAGGACGAUGAUGUGCAAGAUGCUGAAGAAAGUGAUCGUGUCGAUCAUGCCGUUCCGGAUACGCUAGACUACAACGACAACAGUGACGCAGACAAUGACGGCGACGAUGAUGAGGAUAGCGAUGAAAGUGUCGGUGUGCUAUCGAAUCACAUUCGGGACGAUCCCGAUUUCCGGCAGUUACAACUAGCGGCCGAAGCGGAAGCAGCACGCUUACCCUCAGUGCACGGUGGCCGUGUACUGCUCGAGGGAUUGGGCACAAUCAUUAUUAUCACCAGCUUGGUAGCGUUUAUUUGGGGCCUGGUACGUUUCAAGGGGGAACAUCGUCAUCUGCCCUCGAUGGCGAGCUGCUACGCGGUAGACGAACGGAGGCGUAGCUCACACCAGGACGUAGAAAGUCGUAGUCGCUACUUUAAGCUACAGGCCACCACCAGUCUGUGAGGCGGUUGUUUCCGCUGAGGUUUGUUUGUUUUGCAACUCAAUGUGCCACGGUUUGUUCCGUGGCCAAUGUUCGAUCGAUUUCAUACGUACGGGCAGGAGUGGGGAAAAAACACGAACAAAUUAUGUAAAUUGCUGUACAUAGAGAUUUGAAGCGUGUAGUCGAUAGGAAAAAAGGAUGUUAUUUAUGAUAGUCGGUAAGUCCGGUGGGUGCACGGAAAAUGUGACCCUGAGUGUAAAAGCAGAUGUGUGCGUGUGUAAGUUUGUGUUCGUUUGCGAGAGAAAUCGUUAACAUUCUGUUGUAUUUUACACUUCAUUCUACUAAUCGUAUUGUGCCAUGUGUGGACAGUGUUGCGUGUUUUGGGAAGGGAAAGUAACUAAAAGCGCGUAAUG